CAAUGAUCGUGAAGAAAGCCGAUUCUCAGUGCAGAUGAAUCUCCGGCAUGACCGGAAGAAAUCGGAUCAACGGCCGAUAGUCAAAUCAAUCCACAACUGCACUGGAAUUGCACACCUCACUUGACACACACACUCGUUUGCCGACUGGUACGCCACCGUCGAAGACAACACUCGUGAUUGGUUAUAUACAUGGCAAAUUCCUUAGCUCGGUUUGAGUCUAUCAAGAAGUCAUGCAAUCGCUUCGUCAUUGCCGUUGAAGAUGUAAGUGAUUUGUGGCCCCUUGUCAAGGGGGGAUUUGAGGAACGGCUUCCAUUUAGAAGAGCUAUAUUGAACAACAAAACCCGUAAUCCUGUGUCUAUGGAUAACCUGCCAGCUGAGUUUAUACUGACAACAGAUCCAAGGCUCCGCAGCCAGUUCCCUCAGGAGCAAUUGUCGUUUUGGUUUCGAGAACCAUAUGCAACUGUGAUUCUUGUGACCUGCGAGGACCUAGAUGAGUUCAAGACAAUCCUAAAACCACGUCUGAAAUCAAUUGUGCAAAAUGAAGAGGAGUGGUUCAUUGUCUUUGUGUCUAAAGCUGCACCCAAUAAUGACAAAGCAAUCAACAGAGCGAAAAAAGUUUAUGCCAGACUUGAAGUUGAUUUCAACUCAAGGAGGAGGGAAAGGUGUUGCAAAUUUGAUCUACAUGGACCUGAAGCAACCUUUUGGGAUGAGUUGGAGCCAAAAGUCCUCGAGUGCCUCAGAAACACUCUUGAUAGGCGUAUCCAGUUAUACGAGGAGGAGAUUCGUAAGCUCAGUGAACAGCGUUUUACGCCAACUUGGAGCUUCUGUAGUUUUUUCAUUCUGAAGGAAAGCCUGGCAUUCAUGUUUGACAUGGCUCAACUUCAUGAGGAUUCAUUACGGGAAUAUGAUGAACUAGAGCUCUGUUACUUGGAAACAGUUAACAAUAAACAGAGGGACUUUGGAGGAACGGACCAUGGAGAUGAUCAAGCUGCAAUACUAGACCCUGACAACAAACAACUGACGCAGAUUGUUCAAGAUAAUUCCUUUAGGGAGUUUGAAUUCCGACAGUACCUGUUUGCCUGUCAAGCUAAGCUGUUGUUCAAGCUACACCGGCCAUUUGAGGUUGCAUCAAGGGGAUUUUCCUUUGUUAUUAGCUUCUCAGAAGCAUUGGCUCAGCAUGAGAGUAUUUUGCCCUUCUGUAUGAGGGAAGUUUGGGUCCUAACAUCAUGUGUGGAGUUAGUCAGUGCAACUGCUGAGCAUUACAGAGAGGGACUGGUAGCACCAGAGAUAAAAAAAGACUAUUAUCGUGUACGGGGGGAGUUAUAUUCUCUAUGCCGAGUUAAGUUUAUGAGGCUUGCAUAUUUACUCGGGUAUGGAUCUGAUAUAGAAAGAAGUCCAGUCAACAGUGCUUCUCUUAGCAUGCUACCUUGGCCUAAGCCAGCAAUUUGGCCUACAGUUCCCUCUGAUGCUUCAUCUGAGGUCCUUGUGAAAGAAAAGAUGAUUCUUGAAGUUACUCCAAGGAUCAAGCACUAUGGUAUUCAGAGGAAACCAUUGCCUCUUGAACCAUCUUCUCUUCUGCAUGCGGCUAAUCGUGGAGGAGACUCUCUUUCUGCUGGAAAUAUGUUUGAAGUGCCUGAUGGCUCAGGUUCAGAAGGACAAACGUCUCCUUCACCUAACUUACCUUCUAUGUCGAUGUCAAGGACCAAUUUUGCACCAGGAAACUUUGAGAGCUCGACUGAUUCUUCCAAGAGAUUCGCAGAACUUUUUGUGGCUGCUGAGCAUGCUCUCCGUAGGACUAUUUCUGAUCCUGAUUUAUGGAAGUCAUUAUCAUCUUUAGAGGAGUUUGAGAAAAGAUAUCUGGAGCUAACAAAAGGUGCUGCUGAUAAUUAUCAUUAUUCAUGGUGGAAAAGACAUGGUGUUGUUCUUGAUGGUCAAAUUGCAGCUGUUUUCUUUAAGCAUGGUAACUAUGAUCUAGCUGCAAAGUCAUAUGAAAAAGUUUGUGCUCUUUAUUCUGGCGAAGGAUGGCAAGAUUUGUUGGCGGAUGUGCUUCCUAAUUUAGCAGAAUGCCAGAAGAUACUUGAUGAUCAAGCUGGUUACCUGUCCUCUUGUGUGAGAUUGCUUUCUCUUGAUAAGGGCUUGUUCUUGAACAAGGAACGCCAAGCUUUUCAGUCAGAAGUAGUUCGUAUUGCACACAGUGAAAUGGAGGAUCCUGUGCCUUUAGAUGUCUCAUCGUUAAUAACAUUCUCUGGCAAUUCAGGGCCACCCAUGGAGCUAUGUGCUGGGGACCCGGGUACCUUGUCUGUAACUUUAUGGAGUGACUUUCCUGAUGACAUUGCUCUUGAAUCACUUAGUCUCACCUUGACUGCUACCAACAAUGCUGAUGAACUUGUUAAGGCAAUCAAGAGCAGUGAUGUUACUAUACUGAACCCUGGUAGAAAUACGAUUACUCUUUCCUUGCCCCCACAGAAACCUGGUUCCUAUGUCUUGGGGGUUCUUACAGGGCAGAUUGGUCAUUUACGAUUUAGAUCUCAUGGUUUCUCCAGAGGUGGGCCUGCAGAUAGUGAUGAUCUUAUGAGUUAUGACAAGCCAACUAGGCCAAUUUUGAAGGUGUUCAAACCAAGGUCACUUGUUGAUCUUGCUGCAGCAGUUUCAUCUGCAUUACUAAUGAAUGAGCCUCAGUGGGUUGGGAUAAUCGUAAAACCAUACGGUUACUCUCUCAGGGGUGCUGUUUUUCACAUCAACGCUGGCCCUGGGUUGAGGAUUGAGGAAUCGUGUGCCAUCGAAAUGGAGACGUAUGUCAAUGCACAACGGAAGGUAGAUGGGUUGCAGGAUGCAGAUGGUGAUAGCAAUAAUGCUUCUGCUGUUCCCAAAGAAUUUGCUCAACUUACUCUUAGGAAUGGUAGUAUAGAGUUACCAGAUUGGGCGAGCAAUAUAGUUAGUGUUAUAUGGUUUCCCGUGUGUGCCCUCAGUGAUGGGCUAGCAAGAGGAACAACUGCAGGGGCAAUCACUUCCCAAAGAGCAAGUGUUGUGGAUGGCCUGAGGACUGUCGCUCUGAAACUUGAAUUUGGGGUGAUGCAUAAUCAGAUAUUUGAAAGGACCGUAGCUGUUUAUUUCACCGACCCAUUCCAUGUGAGCACACGCGUAUCAGACGAAGGCAGUGAUGGUGCUUUGCUUUUGCAGGCGAUACUACACUCACAGGUGAAAGCUUCUUUAACCAUUCAUGAUGCUUGGUUAGAUCUACAAGAUGGUUUUACUCAUGCUGGACGGGGAGAUGGGAGACCAACAUCUGACUGUUUCCCUCUUGUAGUUCCCCCAGCAUCUAGAGCUGGAAUCUUGUUCGGUAUAUCCCUGGGAACUACAACCACUAAAGAUGAAGAGAAAGUGCUGCAUCCUGAUACAGUAUUAAAUAUUAGAUAUGAAAUUGCUGGGGAUAGAAACCUUGGCUCUCAUACCCCCGUGUCUCUGGAACCCAAAGGACCCGAGGAUGAUGCCACACCAUUGUUGACAUUCAGAAGUGCUCUUGUUUUACAACGCCCAGUGCUGGAACCUUUCUUAGCAGUUGGUUUUCUUCCUCUUCCUUCAGAUGGUCUUAGAGUCGGGAAGCUAUUCACAAUGAAAUGGAGACUCGAAAGGUUGAAGUUUUUUGAGGAGGAAACAGCUUCUGAUAAAAGCGAUGGAGUAGUGUAUGAAGUGAAAGCGAAUUCAAAGAAUUGGAUGAUUGCCGGGAGGAAGCGAGGCCAUGCCCCUCUCUCCACAAAGCAAGGUUCAAGAAUCGAGAUUUCGAUAUUGUGCGUACCGCUAGCUACCGGAUAUGUUCGGCCUCCACAACUGGAGCUGCCAAACGUGAAGCGGGCGAAUAUAUGCUGCAAUCCUGCUGGCCCCCAUUUGGUUUGUGUCUUGCCCCCACCUCUCAGCUCAUCUUAUUGCAUUCCAUCCUGAUACAUGACAAAUCGGUACGUAUCAAAGCCAGUUUUGACGCUUGUUUUCUGUAGAGUUAUAUCGUCCCCUUUUGAUUUUCGUGACAUUUUUUAAAUUUGUUAGAGUAGCCGUCCUCUUUCCAAAAAAAAUGGUCAUUUUCCCCUUCUUAGUGAUUGACAAUUAAAUGAUGAUUACUUGUAAACACUCAAUUAACAACCUCUAUCAACCGAAAUUAAGGAUAGCCAAUAAGUUGAUAUACAGGC